ACAGUUAGCAACGAGUAUUGUCACUGAGUGCAGAGAAGCACAAGUAAGCGACCAUGGAGGAUCCGGACCGGCCUGGCACACCGCUACAUCGUAGCCAAUCCCAAAACUCUGUGGUGGUUUUGAGUGAGGCUGACCACCUCAUGCUGAAAGCUGGUGCGAUGAGGGCAGUCCAGCAUGCUGGAAGUUUCCGAAACCGGGUGGCCGUGACCCCAGCUGUGCUUCACAGAAGACUGAAACGACGGGCAAUCCUCAAGAAUGGAGACACCAAUGUCAUCCAAACUCAUGUCUCCAAGAAACAUCGUAAGUACCUCCAGGAUUUGUUUACUACGAUGGUGGAUGUCCAGUGGCGAUACUCUCUCUUUGUUUUCUCUAUGAGCUUCAUCCUUUCAUGGUUCAGCUUUGGAUGCGUUUGGUGGCUGAUCGCAAUAACACAUGGGGACCUGGAAUCAGAACUACCAGAAGGUUGGAUUCCCUGUGUUGUUAACAUCCAGGGCUUUUGGUCUUGCUUCUUGUUCAGUGUGGAGACCCAGAGUACAAUUGGUUUCGGUGGACGAGCCACCACAGAGGAGUGUCCAGAGGCUAUUACAGUCAUGUGCAUCCAGACCAUCUUUGGCAUGAUGAUGCAGGCAUUUAUGGUUGGCUUUGUGUUUGCUAAGAUGGCGAGACCAAAACAACGAACACAGACUCUUCUGUUCAGCCGGUAUGCAACAGUAAGUCUACGUGAUGGACAGUUGUGUCUCAUGUUCCGAGUGGGAGACAUGCGUGCCAAAUCUCACUUUAUUGGCACUAGUAUUCGAGCGCACCUAGUAAAGCAGCAUAAUACGCGGGAGGGAGAAUAUAUUGCCCCAUUCUUGACUAAACUUGAGGUCCAAGCGGACGAUUAUGACAAUGAUCUGAUCAUGAUCUGGCCAAUGGUGGUGGUACACAAGAUAGACGAAACCAGUCCUCUCUAUCGGAUGAGUGCAGCAGACCUGAUACACGAGCGGUUUGAAAUAAUUGUGGUGAUGGAGGGCACCACAGAAUCUACGGGUCAGACGUCUCAAGCCAGGACAUCAUAUCUUCCCUCAGAAGUGCUAUGGGGCCACAGGUUUCAGCCAUUGGUGUCAUACAGUAAAGAACGCCUUGCUUAUCAGAUAGACUACAGCUUGUUCCACCGAACGCAGCAAGUAGAAACACCGCUCUGCAGUGCCUACGAUCUUCAAAUGGCAGUGGACAAGACAAUUUUAUAGGAGAAAUAACUGCUGUUAUUUUUGCAAUUGAGUGAAAGAGAAAUAGUUUGUCUUGAAGGAAAAAGGUGCAACUUAAUGAUUCUUUUGGUGAAAACAAUGUCACCUUAAUAUGUUACGAGACCACCACUUAAAAAAAAAAAAUUGAAAUUACUAUAUUUUUAGUAUAACAAAUACAUAAUAAAUCACAAGGAAGAUCAAUUUAAAAAUAAAAUCUUUGCAUUAAAUAAGAUUGCUGUUAAAAUUAAAAUAAUUGUUUAGUUUGUUUUUAUUAAACUAUAUGUUUGUUUUAAUAUUAAUUUUAAUGCAAUGUAAUAUUAUGUAACGUAAUAUGAUGUAAUGAGUCUAAGGAUGUGGUUUUCAAUAAACUUUACACGAGUAAA